CCGUGGGCCGAACGCUCCUCCGAAUAGCGUCGCGGCCGGCGUUGCCCAGAUGCCCUGGCUCCCCGGCGUCUGUGGAUCACGUUCCCUGGCGAUUUGCGGGGAUCCGCGGACCCAAACUCCUACUUGGAGACUUGUGGAGCUGGGCCUCCACCGUCUGCUGCCUGCGUGGGCCUGACGGGCCUCUCGGCACUUCAAUCUUGGCAUUUAAAAAUAUUUAAUCAUUCAUGAGUUGAACUUCAUUCUUGAGUUAUGGAUGACAAGGCUUCUGUUGGAAAAAUCAGUGUCUCCUCAGACUCAGUAUCUACCCUUAAUAGUGAAGAUUUUGUCUUGGUUUCCAGGCAAGGAGAUGAAACACCAUCUACAAAUAAUGGAAGUGAUGAUGAGAAAACAGGACUCAAGAUUGUAGGGAAUGGAAGUGAGCAGCAGCUGCAGAAAGAGCUAGCAGAUGUACUGAUGGAUCCUCCCAUGGACGACCAGCCAGGAGACAAGGAGCUUGUGGAAAGGUCACAACUAGAUGGCGAAGGAGAUGGGCCUCUUGCUAACCAACUCUCAGCUUCAUCCACCAUUAACCCUGUGCCAUUAGUUGGGCUCCAGAAACCUGAGAUGAGCCUGCCUGUGAAACCUGGACAAGGAGAUUCUGAAGCAUCAAGCCCUUUCACACCAGUGGCUGAUGAGGACAGUGUGGUUUUCAGUAAACUAACCUAUUUAGGCUGUGCCUCAGUUAAUGCUCCAAGAAGUGAAGUAGAGGCCCUAAGAAUGAUGUCAAUCUUAAGAAGUCAGUGUCAGAUUUCACUGGACGUGACCCUGUCAGUGCCGAAUGUAUCUGAAGGAACUGUGAGACUCUUAGAUCCUCAGACAAACAUGGAAAUAGCUAAUUACCCUAUCUACAAAAUCCUCUUCUGUGUCAGAGGGCAUGAUGGAACUCCUGAGAGUGACUGUUUUGCUUUCACUGAAAGUCACUACAAUGCAGAACUCUUCAGAAUACACGUCUUCCGGUGUGAGAUACAAGAAGCUGUAAGCCGGAUACUUUACAGCUUUGCCACUGCCUUCCGCCGCUCUGCCAAGCAGACCCCCCUUUCAGCCCCUGCAGCACCGCAGACUCCUGACAGUGACAUCUUUACCUUCUCUGUGUCUUUAGAAAUAAAAGAAGAUGAUGGGAAAGGUUACUUUAGUGCUGUUCCCAAAGAUAAGGACAGACAAUGCUUCAAACUACGCCAAGGAAUUGAUAAGAAGAUUGUCAUCUAUGUGCAACAAACAACUAAUAAAGAACUCGCCAUUGAAAGAUGCUUUGGUCUCCUCCUAAGCCCAGGAAAAGAUGUACGAAAUAGUGACAUGCAUUUAUUAGAUUUGGAGUCUAUGGGCAAAAGUUCAGAUGGCAAGUCUUAUGUUAUUACUGGAAGCUGGAAUCCAAAAUCCCCACAUUUUCAAGUUGUAAAUGAAGAAACUCCAAAAGAUAAAGUACUCUUCAUGACCACAGCUGUUGAUUUGGUAAUAACAGAAGUACAGGAGCCUGUUCGCUUUCUCCUAGAGACAAAAGUUCGAGUUUGCUCACCUAAUGAAAGAUUAUUCUGGCCUUUCAGCAAACGUAGUACUACUGAAAAUUUCUUUUUGAAACUAAAGCAGAUAAAGCAGAAGGAGAGAAAGAAUAAUGCUGACACAUUUUAUGAAGUUGUGUGCUUGGAAAGUGAAUCAGAAAGAGAGAGAAGGAAAACUACUGCCACUCCUUCUGUUCGCCUGCCACAGUCUGGAUCUCAGAGUUCAAUGAUCCCUUCUCCUCCUGAAGAUGAUGAAGAGGAAGAUAAUGAUGAGCCUCUCUUGAGUGGAUUUGGUGAUGUAUCCAAAGAAUGUGCAGAAAAAAUUCUUGAAACAUGGGGUGAAUUACUAUCAAAAUGGCAUCUCAACUUGAGUGUAAGACCCAAGCAGUUACCAUCAUUAGUGAGAAAUGGGGUCCCAGAAGCUCUUCGAGGAGAAGUCUGGCAGCUUCUAGCAGGCUGUCACAACAAUGACCACCUGGUGGAAAAAUACCGAGUUCUUAUCACAAAGGAGUCCCCCCAGGACAGUGCUAUCACUCGAGAUAUUAACCGGACAUUCCCAGCUCAUGAUUACUUCAAGGACACAGGAGGAGAUGGCCAAGAUUCCUUAUAUAAAAUAUGCAAGGCUUAUUCUGUGUACGAUGAAGAGAUUGGCUAUUGCCAGGGCCAGUCAUUUCUUGCUGCUGUGCUGCUUCUCCAUAUGCCUGAAGAGCAGGCAUUUAGUGUUCUAGUCAAGAUCAUGUUUGACUAUGGUCUCAGGGAACUUUUCAAGCAGAAUUUUGAAGAUUUGCAUUGCAAAUUUUACCAGUUGGAGCACCUGAUGCAGGAAUACAUUCCUGACCUGUACAACCACUUCCUGGAUAUCAGCCUUGAAGCACACAUGUAUGCCUCCCAGUGGUUUCUUACUCUUUUUACUGCAAAAUUCCCUCUCUACAUGGUCUUCCAUAUCAUCGACCUGCUCCUAUGUGAGGGAAUAAGUGGCAUUUUUAAUGUCGCCCUUGGAUUGCUAAAGACUUCCAGGGAUGACCUGCUAUUGACAGACUUUGAAGGCGCCUUGAAGUUCUUCAGGGUUCAGCUUCCUAAAAGAUACCGCUCAGAAGAAAAUGCUAAAAAACUAAUGGAAUUAGCUUGCAACAUGAAGAUUAAUCAGAAAAAGCUGAAAAAAUAUGAGAAAGAAUAUCACACCAUGAGAGAACAACAGGCCCAACAGGAAGACCCCAUCGAGCGAUACGAGCGGGAAAAUAGGCGCCUACAAGAAGCUAACAUGAGGUUGGAACAGGAAAAUGAUGACUUAGCUCACGAGUUGGUGACCAGCAAGAUUGCACUGCGGAAAGACUUGGAUAACGCUGAAGAAAAGGCUGAUGCACUGAAUAAAGAGCUGCUGAUGACCAAACAGAAACUGAUCGAAGCAGAAGAAGAGAAGCGCCGGUUAGAGGAGGAGUCUGCUCAGUUAAAGGAAAUGUGCCGCCGGGAACUCGACAAGGCAGAAUCGGAGAUUAAAAAAAACAGUUCCAUCAUUGGUGACUACAAGCAGAUUUGUUCUCAACUGAGUGAAAGAUUGGAGAAGCAGCAGACAGCUAAUAAAGUGGAAAUUGAGAAAAUUCGGCAAAAAGUAGAUGAUUGUGACCGCUGCCGGGAGUUUUUCAACAAAGAAGGACAUGUGAAAGGCAUCGCCUCAAGCAAGGAGGUUUUGGAUGCGGACACAGAUGAAGAGAAGGAGACACUCAAGAACCAGCUGAGAGAAAUGGAGCUGGAACUGGCGCAGACCAAGCUCCAGUUGGUGGAAGCCGAGUGCAAGAUCCAGGACUUGGAGCAUCAUUUGGGCCUUGCCCUCAAUGAGGUGCAGGCAGCCAAGAAGACCUGGUUUAACCGAACGCUGAGCUCCAUAAAGACAGCCACCGGGGUUCAAGGCAAAGAGACUUGCUGAGAGCAGCUGCCUGCAGAGAACACGCCACCUCUUGUUGCCUUCCUUGGCCACAUGUGUGAUUCUGUGACUUGUUCCAGGACCAGAAUGUACCUAAGUGGAAUCCAUGAUGCAUACUGGUGGGUCGUUGGGCCAGAGCUGCUGAAGCAGGCAGCCUCUGGGUAAGGCUGUCCUCACCACUGACACCAACAGGCCUGCCAGCCCAGCUGAGGCUGGGGACACACUCCAGGAGUCACUCGGAGGCCCACACCGCGCCCAGCGUAAAGGCCGUUUACAUGAUCAGAGUUGGGGAUCCUUCAGUGUGUUGAUUUUUUUCUAAACCUUUUUUUUUAAACAAAUAUACAUAUUAUAUAU